CUAUAUAGCAUUGGUACUGUAGGUUUUUGCUUUUAUGGUACAAUUUGAAAUUGUACCUUUAACUUUAUGGUACAACUUCAUAUUGUACUUAUACUUUUUGUACAAAUUCUUUUAUGGUACAACUUGUGGUACAACUUCAAGUUGUGAACUUGUACCAUAACAUAAUGGUUAGGGCUGGCAAUUUGGUCCAGGACUGCUUGGUUUUACCCGAAACCGGACCGUAUAACCCGGACCGGGACCGGACUGGGACCGGAUAGCAAACAAUCCAAUCUCAUAUUCGGGCUUAGAUUUGAGGUAAAAAAAACCCGAAUAAAGACCGGAUAAGAGACCCCAACACUCAAAUCCCCACAAGCUCAAUCUAAAAUCAAAAUCAAAUUGGGACCGGACCGGGUCAAGACCGGAGUGUAUCCAAUCCAAUCUUUGAUCCUUAUAUUCCCGAAAAGACCGGACUGGGACCGGAUCAAUUUGGUCCAAUUUAACCGGACCGGACCGUAUAGCCACCCCUAAUAAUGGUACGCAGUUGCUUUAUGGUACAACCUGAACUUAUACAUUUAACAUUAUGGUACAACUUUAAGUUGUACUUUAAAGCACCAAUACUUUAUAACAUAGUAGAAGUGAUCCAUUCUCCACCUAUUACAUAAAAUAAGAUCAUUCCUCAAGUUUAGGUGUAAAGUAUAAUUAACAUCUGCCAGGGGUGAACUACAAUAAAAAUGAACGGCUAGUCGGCUAUGGAACAAUAACUUGGACACAUGCUCAAGUACUUGACCUCUAGACGACUCUAACUCUUCACUUGGCUCAUCUUUGUGUUCUAUCAGAACCAAAUUAUUCCGUAAACUUUCCGUUCGGCAGCGAUUCCAAAUUACCCAUUAAUUUGUUGGAGCAAAUAAAAACUUGACGGAGAAGCAAAUGAUCAUAUGUCGUAAUGUAAAGAUAUAUAAAGGGCAGAUCGACCUUUAACGAACCAAAAACAAGUAAAGCACCGAAUCAACAUUAACACCAAUCAAUCAAUAGUAUGAUCAACAAUCUCCAAUAUUUUAUGGAGCACUCGCAAUGGUCUAGUUCUCAUUCUACUCAUUCACUCCGGCGAGCUCUAAUGGCCGUCGUGGUAAUGGCGGGAUGUGCGACGAUCAGCCGAAACUUGGCCGUCGCGGUGGCCGCUGAUCCACAGUUUUGCACCGGCGGUUCUCCGGGAGAUCCGAAGAGGUACUAUUCCAACGCGGAGAAGGUGAGGGCCGCUUUGGUUUGGAAAACACCGACCACUUCGCUGCGUGCGCACAAUGCAUGGUUUCCGAAUAAGAAAAGGGGCUCGGUUACAGGUUCCGCCACGUGUUACACCAACGACGCCAACAAAUGCAGAGAUUGUCUGAAGGAUCUUAAAGCCACGCUGGACACCUGCAAGACCACCGCCGGCGGAGCCUUUAAGGCUGACUGCAAUAUGCAGUUCUGGAAGAUCGUUGAUUAGGAUUAGAUGGUUUGCUUUCUUUUGAUAUAGUAGCCACUGUUCACAAAGGAGUUCUAUGAUUCUCUGCGAUCAGAUUCCAUAAGCCCGUGUUUAUCUUUGUUGGGCUGGCCAAGCACGGUCUUUUUUUACAACAAAUCAUCCGCACCAGAUCACUUUGUUCUCCAUCACACAAUAAAUAUAUAAAAAUUUUAAUUAAAAAACCAAAAACUUCAAUGAAUAAAAGAAGCUAAUUAAAAGACGAAAAACAU